CGUGGUCCACCUGCCUCGGCCUCCCAAAGCGCUGGGAUUAUAGGCGUGAGCCACCGCACCUGGCCUAAAACAAUUAUUUCUUAAAAAAAACAUACGCUCUAUUCUAUUUUGCGUCUUCACAACACAAUCACUUACUGUAUUGCUUUUUAAAGUGAUCUUUAAAGAGUCUUGCAGAAGAGACUACACAGCAGGCCCGAGACCAUCCUGAGAGGCCUGUGUGCAAGGCUGGCCCCCCACUGGUGUCAGGACGGUGCCCAUCACCCUCAAUGAAGAGGGGCUCCCUGUGCUCAGCUGCUUGUGUGGGGAACAAGGGCACUGUUUGAAGAAGCAAACAUGGUAGCAUCAAGCAUUCCUUGAAAUAUGGCUCCAAGGGAACCAUGAGACGUGCUCUUGGUCUUGGAAGCUCAUCAGAAUGUUUAGAGCCGGGGAGGCGUCCAAACGCCCAUUGCCUGGGCCGGCGCCCCCGAGGGUGCGGAGUGUGGAGGUUGCCCGGGGGAGAGCCGGCUACGGAUUCACGCUUUCGGGCCAGGCACCCUGUGUGCUCAGCUGCGUCAUGAGAGGGAGCCCUGCGGAUUUCGUGGGCCUCCGAGCUGGAGACCAGAUACUUGCUGUCAAUGAAAUCAACGUGAAAAAAGCAUCUCAUGAAGAUGUAGUGAAAUUAAUUGGGAAGUGCUCUGGUGUCCUCCACAUGGUGAUUGCUGAAGGCGUCGGCCGCUUCGAAUCCUGUUCCAGUGAUGAAGAAGGGGGACUCUAUGAAGGAAAAGGCUGGCUGAAGCCCAAGCUGGAUUCUAAAGCACUAGGUAUAAACAGAGCAGAGCGAGUCGUGGAGGAAAUGCAGUCUGGUGGAAUUUUCAAUAUGAUUUUUGAAAACCCGAGCCUUUGUGCGAGCAGUUCAGAGCCCUUGAAAUUGAAACAAAGAUCCCUUUCGGAGUCGGCCGCAACUCGAUUUGAUGUUGGACAUGAAAGUAUAAAUAAUCUAAAUCCCAACAUGCUUUCUGAGGAGGAAAUAUCAAAAGUUAUUCAUGAUGAUUCGGUUUUCAGCAUUGGACUAGAAAGUCAUGACGAUUUUGCAUUGGAUGCAAGUAUUUUAAACGUGGCAAUGAUCGUGGGCUACUUAGGCUCCAUUGAGCUUCCUUCCACGAGCUCCAACCUGGAGUCCGACAGCUUGCAAGCCAUCCGCGGCUGCAUGCGGCGCCUGCGGGCGGAGCAGAAAAUCCACUCGCUGGUGACCAUGAAGAUCAUGCACGACUGUGUGCAGCUGAGCACUGACAAGGCUGGGGUUGUGGCUGAGUACCCGGCCGAGAAGCUGGCCUUCAGCGCCGUGUGCCCGGACGACCGGCGAUUUUUCGGGUUGGUUACCAUGCAGACGAAUGACGACGGGAGCCUGGCCCAGGAGGAGGAGGGCGCCCUGCGGACUUCCUGCCACGUGUUCAUGGUGGACCCAGACUUGUUUAAUCACAAGAUCCACCAAGGCAUUGCUCGGCGGUUUGGGUUUGAGUGCACGGCCGACCCGGACACCAAUGGCUGUCUGGAAUUCCCGGCGUCCUCCCUCCCCGUCCUGCAGUUCAUCUCUGUCCUGUACCGAGACAUGGGUGAGCUGAUUGAGGGCAUGCGGGCCCGCGCCUUUCUGGACGGGGACGCUGAUGCCCACCAGAACAACAGCACCAGCAGCAACAGUGACAGCGGCAUCGGGAACUUCCACCAGGAGGAGAAGAGCAACCGGGUCCUUGUGGUGGACCUGGGUGGGAGCUCGAGCAGACAUGGCCCCGGAGGCAGCGCGUGGGACGGUGUGGGUGGGAGGGGUGCCCAGCCCUGGGGUGCUCCCUGGACUGGGCCCUUCUGUCCGGACCCCGAAGGGAGCCCCCCAUUUGAGGCCGCUCAUCAGACUGACAGGUUCUGGGACCUAAACAAGCACCUAGGGCCGGCCUCUCCUGUGGAGGUGCCCCCAGCUUCCUUGAGGAGCUCAGUCCCCCCUUCCAAGAGGGGCACCGUGGGCGCUGGCUGUGGUUUCAACCAGCGCUGGCUCCCGGUCCACGUGCUCCGGGAGUGGCAGUGCGGACACGCCAGCGACCAGGACUCUUACACAGAUUCCACCGAUGGCUGGUCCAGCAUCAACUGCGGCACACUGCCCCCUCCCAUGAGCAAGAUCCCCGCAGACCGCUACAGGGUGGAGGGCAGCUUUGCACAGUCCCCGCUGAGCGCCCCGAAGAGGGAGUGGUCCAGGAAGGCCUUUGGAAUGCAAAGCAUUUUUGGUCCCCAUCGAAAUGUUCGAAAGACUAAGGAAGAUAAAAAGGGCUCAAAAUUUGGGCGGGGAACUGGACUCACUCAGCCUUCUCAACGCACGUCUGCGCGGAGAUCAUUUGGGAGAUCCAAGAGAUUCAGUAUCACUCGCUCCCUUGAUGAUCUUGAGUCUGCAACUGUGUCUGAUGGCGAGUUGACGGGCGCCGACCUGAAGGACUGCGUCAGCAACAACAGCCUGAGCAGCAAUGCCAGCCUCCCCAGCGUGCAGAGCUGCCGGCGCCUGCGUGAGAGGAGGGUUGCCAGCUGGGCCGUGUCCUUUGAGCGCCUGCUGCAGGACCCCGUCGGUGUCCGCUACUUCUCUGAUUUUCUAAGGAAAGAAUUCAGUGAAGAAAACAUUUUAUUCUGGCAGGCCUGUGAAUAUUUUAAUCAUGUUCCUGCACAUGACAAAAAGGAGCUUUCCUACAGGGCCCGGGAGAUUUUCAGUAAGUUUCUCUGCAGCAAAGCCACCACCCCGGUCAACAUUGACAGCCAGGCCCAGCUAGCAGAUGAUGUCCUCCGCGCACCUCACCCAGACAUGUUCAAGGAGCAGCAGCUCCAGAUCUUCAAUCUCAUGAAGUUUGAUAGCUACACUCGCUUUCUGAAGUCCCCGCUGUACCAGGAAUGCAUCCUGGCGGAAGUGGAGGGCCGCGCACUCCCGGACUCGCAGCAGGUCCCCAGCAGCCCGGCUUCCAAGCACAGCCUCGGUUCAGACCACUCCAGUGUGUCCACGCCAAAAAAGUUAAGUGGAAAAUCAAAAUCCGGCCGAUCCCUGAAUGAAGAGCUGGGUGAUGAGGACAGCGAGAAGAAGCGGAAAGGCGCGUUUUUCUCGUGGUCGCGGACCAGGAGCACCGGGAGGUCCCAGAAGAAGAGGGAGCACGGGGACCACGCAGAUGAUGCCCUGCAUGCCAAUGGAGGCCUGUGUCGCCGAGAGUCGCAGGGCUCUGUGUCCUCUGCGGGGAGCCUGGACCUGUCGGAGGCCUGCAGGACUUUGGCACCCGAGAAGGACAAGGCCACCAAGCACUGCUGCAUUCAUCUCCCAGAUGGGACAUCCUGCGUGGUGGCUGUCAAGGCGGGCUUCUCCAUCAAAGACAUCCUGUCCGGACUCUGUGAGCGGCAUGGCAUCAACGGGGCGGCCGCAGACCUCUUCCUGGUGGGCGGGGACAAGCCUCUGGUGCUGCACCAAGACAGUAGCAUCUUGGAGUCAAGGGACCUGCGCCUAGAAAAGCGCACCUUGUUUCGGCUGGAUCUUGUUCCGAUUAACCGGUCAGUGGGACUCAAGGCCAAGCCCACCAAGCCCGUCACGGAGGUGCUGCGGCCCGUGGUGGCCAAAUACGGCCUGGACCUCAGCGGCCUGCUGGUGAGGCUGAGUGGAGAGAAGGAGCCCCUGGACCUUGGCGCCCCUAUAUCGAGUCUGGACGGACAGCGGGUUGUCUUGGAGGAGAAGGAUCCUUCCAGAGGAAAGGCAUCCACAGAUAAACAGAAAGGUGUGCCAGUGAAACAGAACACAGCUGUAAAUUCCAGCUCCAGAAACCACUCGGCUACGAGUUUUUUGAGCUUAUUUCCAAAGCUCAGAGCAACAGAGCAGAUGACCAACGUGGGCUGCUAAGGAAGGAAGACCUGGUGUUGCCAGAGUUCCUCCGUUUACCUCCUGGUUCCACAGAACUCACCCUCCCCACUCCAGCUGCUGUGGCCAAGGACUUUAGCAAGAGAAGCGCCACAGACAACGGCCGGGAGAGCGCCUCCCAGCCCGGCGAGCAGUGGGAGCCGGCCCCGGAGAGCAGCGACAGCCCGUCCACCAGCCCGGGCUCAGCCCCCAGCUCCCCUGGACCUCCUGGGACGACCCCCCCUGGGCAGAAGUCUCCCAGCGGGCCCUUCUGCACUCCCCAGUCCCCCGUCUCCCUCGCGCAGGAGGGCACCGCGCAGAUCUGGAAGAGGCAGUCUCAGGAAGUGGAGGCCGGGGGCAUCCAGACGGUGGAGGAUGAGCACGUGGCCGAGCUGACCCUGAUGGGGGAGGGGGACAUCAGCAGCCCCAACAGCACCUUGCUGCCGCCGCCCUCCACCCCCCAGGACGUGCCAGGACCUUCCAGACCAGGUACCUCCAGGUUCUGAUCCCUCCACCUUGGCCCUGUCAGCGUGGUCUGCUCAGCUUCCAGUCAGAAAGGACAGUGGGCCCCCGGCUGCCACUGUUUGCUGGUGGUCUCUGUGACCCCCUCCUCACCUGCUGGUUGGGGGCUUCCUUGGCCCUCUUGGAAAGGAGGGGCUCGUGUGGCCCCAGGCCGGUGUCUGUCAGGAUGGUCCCCCCGAGGCGCUCCGGGCAGGCAUCCUGGUGUCCCGAGAGGCUCUUGCAGGAAUGAUACAUGGCAGUGCCUGCAGCCAGGUCCGGGAACACCCUGGGUGAGGCCUGGGAGUUUCCGAAAAUGGAGGCAUUCCUUUCCAAAUCUGGACAGCGAUCGUUUUUAGUGUUUCUGUCUCAAGACUGGAAAACAAUAGCAUUUGUCUUGAGUGAGGAAGUGAAGCCCGCUGUGUUCAUAGCAGGAGAGGGCUCCCAGACACAGGCCCUUUCUCGGAAGAGCCUUGAGAGUGCAGCUCGGACCCACCGGUGGCCCCCCGUAGCAGGUGGUGUGGGUGCUCGGGAGUGGAGGUGACGUCAGCAGCGCUCCCUGACCGCAGGUGUCACGGGCAUUUCUCAAGGGAAGCAGGGGAUUCAGUGAGUGUGAAGGUGAACAGGAUGGCCUGGCAGCAGGGAUGUUUCCGUGAGCCACAAAUACCAGAAACUGAGGCGAGGCUCCCAGCAGCCGGUAGGGAAAGGUGUUUCCAGGGGUCUGAGGGCCGUGGCCUCCGUGGCCUGCGUGGCCAUCCCCUGGAGAGAGGAGCCACUCAGGGUGCGCGUCAUGGAGGGUGCUCAGGGGCGCGUGGACACCUCUGCUGUGGUUUGCUGCUGGGGGCGAUGGGAGCGCCUCUCCGUCCUGUGCCCUGGUCCAGGAUGCUGACAGCAGUGAGAGGCCUGCCGUGGGGUUUGGUCUUGUCAGACCUGUAGCCUGGACCUCGCCGGGGGACCAGGGAGUGCACAUCUGUAGAUCUGUACAUAUCUGGGCCUUUGGAGGCCACGUGUGGCAUGGGAGGGGCUACCUGGCCCCUUUCCCAGCCAGGACACGCCUGGAUGAGAAAGCCUGAGGUGCCUGGCAUGCCCACCAGUGCCACUCUGCAGCCUCCACCCCUGGCCUGAGUCCCCCUCCAUCCGUCUUGGUGGACACCCGUGUGGCUCUCACCUGCGUUUUGAGUCUGUUCUUCCAGGAGUAAUAAAUUCUGGACAUCAUCA